CUCACUCUUUUUCUCCGGACCCCGAAGUUCCGCCGUCAUCAGACCCUUCACGAUGUGGAUCCUCGGUUCUGUUCUUGGUUCUGGUCGGUUCGUCUAUUUCCGGAACUUCAGGUCUGGAGAACAUCACUGCUGAACCUGGAGAUGACGUCACUCUGACAUGUGAUGCUACAAACAUCGAGGGGGAUUUAGUGUUUGAGUGGAACAGAACUGCCCUGCAGAAGGGGGAAAAACUGUUUGUAUACAGGGAUAACAAACCAUAUUCUGAAGAUCAGCAUGAAUCUUUCAAGAACCGAGUGUUUCUGAAGAAAAAUCCAACGAAAAAUGGAGAUCUGUCUGUGUCUCGGAAGAACGUGACCAUAGAUCUGUCUUUGGUUCUGAAGAAUGUGACGGUUAAUGACACCGGAACAUAUGAGUGUUAUAUCCUAAAGGGAUCUGAGAAUCGAAAUACUUCCAUCUGCACCAUCAAUCUGGAGGUGUCUCCUCCUCCAGAACUGAACAUCCCUGCUGAAACUGGAGAGAACGUCACUCUACCAUGUGGAGUUACAAGCAUCACCAAGGUUUCAGUUUUAAACUGGACCAGAACUGACCUGCAGGAGGAUGAAUACGUGUUUUUCUACAGGAAGAACCAUUCUUAUCAUGAUGAUCAGCAUGAAUCUUUCAAGAACCGAGUGUCUCUGAAGGACCCUCAGAUGAAGGAUGGAGAUCUGUCUGUGGUUCUGAAGAACGUGACGAUUAAUGACACUGGAACAUAUGAAUGUAGAGUCCGUCAGGGAAGAUGGAAGCUGAAGUCCAUCAUCCACCUGCAGGUGUUUCCUCCUCCUCCAGAUCUGAUCAUUGCUGAACCUGGAGAGAACGUCACUCUGAGAUGUGAAGAUACAAACAUCAACGAGGAUUUAGUUUUAAACUGGACCAGAACUGACCUGCAGGAGGAUGGAGGAUAUGUGUCUUUUAGAAUGAAACCACCUGCAGAUCCUGAAGGUCAACCUGAAUCUUUCAGGAACCGAGUUUCUCUGAAUAACACUCAGAUGAAGGAUGGAGAUCUGUCUGUGGUUCUGAAGAACGUGACCUUUAAUGACACUGGAAUAUACCAGUGUAGAAUCAGAUAUGAAAAUGAUCCAUCAGGAUCUCAUCCUAAGUUGAUCUCCAGCAUCAAUCUGCAGGUGUUUCCUCCUCCAGAACUGAUCACUGAUGAAACUGGACAGAACGUCACUCUGAGAUGUAGAGAUACAAACAUCACCAAGAUUUCAGUUUUAAAGUGGAUCAGAACUGACCUGCAGGAGGAUGAAUACGUGUUUUUCUUCAGGAAUAACAGUGUUGAUCUUAAGGGUCAGCAUGAAUCUUUCCAGAACCGAGUGUCUCUGAAGGAUGGAAAUCUGUCUGUGGUUCUGGAGAACGUGACCAUUAAUGACACUGGAAUAUACCAGUGUAGAAUCAGAUAUGAAAAUGAUCCACAGAGAAGAUGGAAUCUGAUUUCCAGCAUCCACCUGCAGGUGUCUCCUCCUCCUCCAGAACUGAACAUCCCUGCUGAAACUGGAGAUGACGUCACUCUACCAUGUGGAGUUACAAACAUCACCAAGGUUUCAGUUUUAAACUGGACCAGAACUGACCUGCAGGAGGAAGAAUACGUGUUUUUCUACAGGAAGAACCAUUCUUAUCAUGAUGAUCAGCAUGAAUCUUUCCAGAACCGAGUGUCUCUGAAGGACCCUCAGAUGAAGGAUGGAGAUCUGUCUGUGGUUCUGAAGAACGUGAACAGUAAUGACAACGGAACGUACGAGUGUAGAGUCAGAUAUGAAAAUGAUCCACAGAGAAGGUGGAGGCUGAAGUCCAUCAUCUACCUGCAGGUUUCUCCUCCUCCUCCAGAACUGAACAUCCCUGCUGAACCUGGAGAUGACGUCACUCUGAGAUGUGAAGAUACAAACAUCACCAAGGUUUCAGUUUUAAACUGGACCAGAACUGACCUGCAGGAGGAUGAAUACGUGUUUUUCUACAGGAAUAACAGUGUUGAUCUUAAAAAUCAGCAUGAAUCUUACAGGAAACGAGUGUCUCUGAAGAACAGUCAGAUGAAGGAUGGAGAUCUGUCUGUGGUUCUGAAGAACAGUCAGAUGAAGGAUGGAGAUCUGUCUGUGGUUCUGGAGAACGUGACCGUUAAUGACAACGGAACGUACACGUGUAGAGUCCAUCAGGGAAGAUGGAAGCUGAAGUCCAUCAUCCACCUGCAGGUGUUUCCUCCUCCUCCAGAACUGAACAUCCCUGCUGAAACUGGACAGAACGUCACUCUACCAUGUGGACUUCCAAACAUCACCAAGAUUUCAGUUUUAAACUGGAACAGAACUGACCUGAAGGAGGAUAAAUACGUGUUUUUCUACAGGAAUAACAGUGUUGAUCUUAAAGAUCAGGAUGAAUCUUACAGGAGCCGAGUGUUUCUGAAGGACGAUCAGAUGAAGGAUGGAGAUCUGUCUGUGGUUCUGAAGAAUGUGAACAGUAAUGACUCUGGAAUAUACCACUGUAUGGUCAGAUAUGAAAAUGAUCCACCGAGAAGAUGGAAGCUGAUCUCCGCCACCCUCCUACUGGUGUCUCCUCCAGGACUGAUCAUUGCUGAACCUGGAGAUGACGUCACUCUGAGAUGUGAAGAUACAAACAUCACCAAGGUUUCAGUUUUAAACUGGACCAGAACUGACCUGCAGGAGGAUGGAGGAUAUGUGUCUUUUAGAAUGAAACCACCUGCAGAUCCUGAAGGUCAACCUGAAUCUUUCAGGAACCGAGUUUCUCUGAAUAACACUCAGAUGAAGGAUGGAGAUCUGUCUGUGGUUCUGAAGAACGUGACCUUUAAUGACACUGGAAUAUACCAGUGUAGAGUGAGACAGGAAAGUGAUCCAUCUGGAUCUCCUCUGAAGCUGAUCUCCAGCAUCAACCUGCAGGUGUCUCCUCCUAGUCCUGGUGCUCUGAUUAUUAUUCAUAUUAUUAUUCAUAUUAAUAUUAUCCGUAUUAUUAGUAUUAUCAUUAGUGUUAUUAGUAUUAGUUUCAUUUUUAUCUUUUUUCUCUAUAACAUUUGCUUUUCAAGACAAAGUUCCACUGGUUCCAACAACCAGCAGCUUCUUGACCAGAAUCCUCCUAGCUCAGACACAACAGCAGAUUCUACAGUCUGAAAAUUAACGUUCUCUUCUGAUCCUGAUCUGGAUCUUCUCAAACUCUAGAACAUUUCAGAAUCAAAGUCCAAAGAGUUCAAACUCAGAAGCAGCAGAUGUUUCUUUCUUAGAACCUCCAGAAACAUCUGGAAGAACUCUGACAGAUGUUCAGAGAAGAUGAAGACGAGGAUGAAGGACUUCCUGCAGUCUCUGAUCCAGAAGAUGUUCUGUUGGUCCUUGUUCCACAAAGUCCUCUGAGAACUUGGACUUCGUAUGUCAGACUUGGACAAAGAGUCUUCCAGGAAUGACGGAGAACGUCCUCUGGUUCGCAGACUUUGUAGUCUGAACUGAACUCUGAUGGAAACACUAACUGGAGAUGCUCAGACUGGAUUUGAAGACCCGACGUUCUCGUUCAACCAAAGAUAAUCGUCAAACCAGAUGCAUCUGUGGUUUGUAACGUUCACCGAGGAUCCUCUCUGUUACUUUUAUUAUUCAAAGCUAAAACAUUAAAUAUUCUAUCAAGUUAAAUUUCAUUGCUUACAACAAAAAUGUUACUUAAUAUUAAAUAUUAGAAAUGUAUUUAUAAACAUUUGAUCUGGAUCAGCUUUAAAGAUAAAUAGAAAAGAGGAUUUUACUUCUAAAAACAUUUGAACUCUUUAUUCAAAACAGAUUAAAAACUGAAAUUCAAUACAUUGAUUGUAAUCUUUGAGAUUGAGUUCUUCACAGUGGGGUUGGGGGUUAGUGCUAACCGCUACAUAGCGGUUAGCAUUCUCACCCACCAGUCAGGAGAUCAGAAUUCCUCCUAUCUGGUGAUUGGAUGUGUGGUCCAGCAACAGACUCUGAGCAGAUGUUCACUAAUGUACAUGAUUAUUUGACUGAGGGGGUUCAGACCUUCAGAACAGCAGUGGGGACAGAGCGUCACCUUGGUAAAUGCUACAUUUGAUGGACACUUGUGCAAUUGGUUUGCCAUUGGUUUCAAGAGUGGUUUUCCACAACUUCAUCGAAACACUAAAAAAAUUAAAAUAAUCUCCUAAUUUUAUUUUUCCCCUUCGGGUUUAUGCGAAACAGUGAACCUUCAAGCUCAGCCACAGAGACACAGAAACACAGUGGAAGUGGCUGUCAUACAGACACUUCCCUCUGUACCUGUAAAACCUGUUAAUAAUAAUCAAACUCAAACACGAAGACAUGAUUACUGAUGAUUUUGUAGAACU